UGGAGUGGAGGUGGAGGUGAAGGGGCAGGAGCCGCAGUCAGCAGCGCAGAAGAUAGUAGAGGAAGGCGCGCGGCCUGGGGGAAGAGAAGGAUGGAGAAGCAGCAGAAGGACUAUGAGGCUGAGGUCACCGAGCCUUGGUUUUCUAAGUGGGAGCGCCAGUGUCUUGCCGAGGUGGAGCAGGAAGAGCAGCUUUCCCCGGAGCUGCAGGAGGAGGCAGCUGCUGAUGCGGCGGGGCUCAAGAUCGAGCGGCAGAAGCUCUGGAACCUCUUUCAAAUCUCAGCCACCGCCGUGGCCCAGCUCUACAAAGAUUCUGGGUGCCAACAGCCAGGACUCUCUAUGUGGGACCCCUUCCAGAAUGCGGCCAUGGCCGUGACCAGCCUCUACAAAGAGAGCGGGGAUGCCUACCAGCGAAGUUUUGAACUGGGCGUCCAGGUUGGCUAUCAGCGUCGUGUGAGAGACGUGCUGGAGUGGGUGAAGAAGGGUAGAAGCACCAUUCUCCGGGAAGACCUCAUAAGCUUCCUCUGUGGCAAAGUACCCCCCACCCCUACGCCGCCACGCCCCUUCCGGACGUCCCCUAGAUCAUCCGCCGCUGCCUCCACCCAGGCUGCUGCCACUGAGACCAGCGCACCUGUGGACGUCGACCUGCAGCCCUUCCAUGAGGCCAUUGCCCUCCAUGGCCUCAAUGGCGCCAUGGCAAGCGUCAGCAUGCGAUCUGGCGCUCCUGGUUCCCCAUCUCAAGAUGGAGGUGUUGCCAGCAGUGGGCGUCGGAAAAGUAGCUUUCUGGAAGAUGAUUCGAACUUCUUGGGCCCAGAAGAACUGGCUGUCAGCCUGGACAGUGGAGGAAUCCGCAAGCGCACCUCCGCCCAGUUUGGUGAUGCCACCACAGACUCUCCAUCCCACAAGCGCAACCGAAUGGUCUAAACUGCCACCUUGGUUGACCAACAUCCACAAACUUAUUGCUGAACGGUCAACUCCAUCAUCAACUUGCUUGUUGAGACCGUACUGGAGACUUAAAGAUUUAUCAAGUUUACCAUAAAGAAAACUUAAAAGUAUUCUAGAAGAGGCCUCCUAUGACUCUGACUAUCCAAAAAAAUAUAAUUCCAUUACAGAACAUCAAAUAUCACAUAGUUAGCAAGAUCACUUAAACUUUAAAGCAAAACAUAUCCAGUGAGAGCAGGAGCCUGGUUUAUCUUGUUCAAGUUGUAUUUCUUAGCACCUUGUACAGUUGUUGGUGCUCAGUAAA